UCUUGUUUAUGACACCGACAAUGCACUUCCAACUGUGCGCAGCAUCUCAAAAACUAUACAACCUUUGAAUAAAGUCAAUCAAGUUCAUAACAUAGACUGUAUACACCCGUUAAAAACUGAAUAACUUUAAAUUCAGAGAUGGACCUGUCUCACGAAACGACUUUAGUCUACCUUUGGGGACGCUCCCAGCAUGCAGUUCACCUCCAAUGAAUCGUUUGUUUUCACUUUCACUUUGGGGGAGAAGCCGCCGCUGACAGGAGUGGUGUAAACCCAACGUUCCUUCGCCACCAUGCUAGCUGUUCCUCUCCUCGUACUCCUCCUGCUGGAGGCCAGCGUUCCCUCCCUCGCGGCACAGCUACCGGGCAGCGACGCUGCCGGGACGCCUCCCCCGGCCGACCAAGCCUUCCCCUGGGAACGCAUGAGGCUCCCCCAGACAGUGGUUCCCCUUCACUACAACCUCACCGUCCACCCCGACAUGAACACACUCCGCUUCACCGGCGUGGUCCACAUCGAACUGGAGGUCCUAGAAAACACCACGACCAUCGUCCUUCACAGCAGUGAGCUGCUCAUCUCCAAGGUGACGCUCCUGGUGCCUGGGGGACCUCCGACCCCCCUGCGCUUACUAGAGCACCCUGCUUCUGAACAGUUAGCUCUUCUUUCCGACCGGGUCCUCUACCAAGGCGGGACGUAUGACGUUCUGCUGGAGUUUUCCGCCAACUUGUCAGAUAACUAUCACGGCUUCUAUAAGAGCAGUUACCGUGCGAGCAGUGGGGAGAUCAGGUACGUGGCCUCCACCCAGUUCGAGGCCACCAGCGCCCGGGCAGCCUUCCCAUGCUUUGACGAGCCGGCGUUCAAAGCUAACUUCACCAUUCAGAUCGUACGGGAGCCACGCCAUAUCGCCAUAUCCAACAUGCCCAAGAUAAACACAGUAGAGUUGGCCGGGGGCUUGCUGAAGGACUACUUUGACACCAGUGUGAGGAUGAGCACAUACCUGGUCGCCUUCAUCGUGUCCGACUUCCUGUCCGUCAGCAAGACCACCCAACACGGGGUCAAGAUUUCCGUUUACGCGUCACCAGAGAAGAUUCACCAGACCUCCUUCGCAUUGGACACUGCGGUCAAGCUGCUGGACUUCUACGAUGACUUCUUUGACAUCCCCUACCCGCUGCCGAAGCAGGACCUGGUGGCCAUCCCAGACUUCCAGUCGGGGGCGAUGGAGAACUGGGGUCUGACCACCUACAGGGAGGCAGGCCUGCUCUUCCAACCCAAGUCCUCAGCCUCCGACAAGCUGGGUAUCACCAUGGUGAUCGCUCACGAGCUGGCCCACCAGUGGUUUGGGAACCUGGUCACCAUGGAGUGGUGGAACGAUCUGUGGCUCAACGAGGGCUUCGCCAAGUUCAUGGAGUUUGUCUCGGUGGACAUCACCUACCCCGAGCUUCAAGUGGAUGACUUCUUUCUGGACAAAUGCUUCAAUGCCAUGGAGGUCGACUCUCUCACCUCCUCCCAUCCCGUCUCCACCCCGGUGGAAACCCCCUCCCAGAUCCGGGAGAUGUUUGAUGACGUCUCGUACAGCAAGGGGGCCUGCAUCCUGAACAUGCUGAGGGACUUCCUGACCCCAGAGGCCUUCAAUGAGGGCAUCAUCCGCUACCUCCGUCGCUACAGCUACCAGAACACCGUCAACAGCCACCUCUGGCAGAGCCUCUCCAACGUGUGUAAGUCCGACCAGUUUGAGGUGGGCGGAGUCCAGCAGAAGGCCUUCUGCUCCGAGGGGAAGCUGCGACCCGAGGGCUUUAAAUGGUACACAGACGACGAGCUGGAUGUGGGCACCAUCAUGGACACCUGGACGCUGCAGGAGGGCUUCCCAUUGGUCACGGUGGAGGUGAAAGGUCGCGAGGUCAGGCUCCAUCAGGAACGCUACCUCAAGAAGGACGGUCCCGCCCUCAGCGACGGGUUCCUGUGGAAGAUCCCGUUGACCUACAAAACCAGCCACUCAAACACCAUUCAACGCUUUCUGCUGGAGAACAAAACUGACGUCCUGUACCUGGAGGAGGAGGUGGACUGGGUCAAGUUCAACGUGGACAUGAGCGGCUACUACAUGGUGCACUACCAGGGGCAGGGCUGGAGCGGCCUGACCCGCCUGCUGCAGACCAACCACACGGCCCUGAGCAGCAGCGACCGCGCCAGCCUCAUCAACAAUGUCUUCCAGCUGGUCAGUGUCGGCAAGGUGCCGCUGGACACGGCCCUGGAGCUGUCCUUGUACCUGUCCCGGGAGAUGGAGACCCUGGCGGUCACCCAGGGCCUCAGCGAGCUGGUGCCCAUCUACAAGCUGAUGGAGAAGAGGGACAUGAAGACGCUGGAGAACCAGAUGAAGGGCUACAUCGUGGAGCUGUUACAGACCCUCAUCGACCAGCAGACGUGGAGCGACUCCGGGUCGGUCUCUGAGAGGGUGCUGAGGAGCUACCUGCUGCUGUUCGCCUGCGUGCGCAACCAUGCGCCCUGCGUGGAAAAGGCCAGUAGGCUCUUCCACAGCUGGAAGGCCCUGGACGGCAACAUGAGUCUCCCCAGUGACAUCAGCCUCUGCGUGUUUGCUAUUGGAGCCCGCACUCCAGAGGGGUGGGACUUCCUGUAUGAGAUGUACGGCCGUUCCCCGGACACGUCAGUCAAGAGCCGCAUAAAGACGGCGCUCUCCAUCAGCCCCCUGACGGACAAACUCCACAUACUGCUGGAGGAGAGCUUUCGUGGGGAGGUUCUGAAGACCCAGGAUCUUCCCCAUGUGGUGAUCGCUGUUAGCAAGAACCCCCAUGGCUACAAGCUAGCAUGGGACUUCCUCCGGGCAAACUGGCCGGCCCUGAUCAAGAAGUUUGGGGAGGGCUCAAGCUCCAUAGCCCGCAUGGUGACUGGAGUAACGGACCAGUACUCCACCCCACACAUGCUGAAAGAGGUUCAGGAGUUCUUUGGCUCCCUGACCAAGGAGAUGGGCUCAGAGCUGAGGUGCAUUCAGCAGACGUACGAGACCAUUGAGUUGAAUAUCCGAUGGGUGGACAAACACCUGCCCCUGCUGCAGGCCUGGCUGGACAAACACACGAGCAGAGGGAACACGCAACAUACUCGACACGAGGACCUUUAGGUCCACCCGUUAACACUGGCAAUGGAAGUGGGUUGCCCACUGUAAAGACUACUGUCUAAAUAGACUUUCCCAAAACAUCCAACACUUGUUGUCCGGCUUAAUGAACCAUUUACGAAGGUGUACCACGUGGGACCGUCUGAGUUCCACCUUUUUCUUGUAAAUAGACAUUUUUUUGAGGUCA